CCUGCUACUGCAAAGGAUCUUUCUCUUGGCUAAAAACCAUACCUCUUGUCCAAAGGUCUCCUUCUCCACCCACGUUUUGACGAUUAUCAUCCAUGUCAGUCAUUACGAAAAUAUCCGACCCUAUCGACUUUCACCCAAAGUGUCAUUCAUAUGACCGAGCAUCCACCGAUAUGGAACAGCGUUUUCCACUGGACGACAUUGGAAUCAGUGCAAAGUCUAAAAUCACAUCAUUAUUACAAGUUCGACGAGAAACGGAGACAGUCAAUCAUGUUUCGCACCAGAGCCAAUCCAUCGGCGAGCCCUCAAUGAGUUUGUCCAUUGCACAAAAUGAUGAGUACAAGCACUUGAGAAACAAUCAGUCUUGUCAAAAGUUUCCUAAUAUGGAGGAUGGUGCGUUUCAGGCAACAACGGACAUCAUUUCCGAAAAGGAUGGUCAGCGAUCCAUCCAGACGGCUUCGGUGACAUCUUUCCAGCAUUCAUCCCACUCACGUACGAAGAAAGCGGAGCGCAAAUAUCCCCGAAACUUGCAGCCCAUUGUGAACAAAGAUCUGAUUUGUUCUUCACGGACGGCCUGUAAAGCCAUUCAAUGCGAACCUAUGCACACAAAGAUAUCUGACUUUCCGCCUGUCAUUCCGCCUAUUCUAUUAACCACGCACGAUGAUCGUGAAGAAUCGGUCUUUGAUACGUCCGAAUAUACAGCGACGCCUUUUUCGCCUGUUUCCAAUGUCUACAAUUACGCAUUGAUGUGUGUUUCCGACAAAGAAAGUUUCCAUCCGCUUUCGUCCCCGCCCCGAGACGAAGCUGUUACUUCCUUUGUACGACCUUAUGCUGAUACGUUCGAAAAGUUGCAACGAAACUUUGAGAGCUCAGGAUCAUCGGAACGAAUACUUCAUAGUUCGCCGUGCCGUGCUGUGGGCAAAGAUCCAUCAUCAGGUACGCAGCUAUCCCUGAAAUCAGGCGGUCAACCCCGCGCACGGAUGGGUGUCAUGAUAGCCAAGCAAGAUAAUUCGCCACCAAUGUUUGCUUACCUUGCUAGAGAGGAUUUGACCCGAGACAAUCAGACCGGCUUCUUGAGUGCUGGCACCGAGAACAUGCGAGGUCUUAAACAUCACAAGUCCGAAAGUGAUCUUCGAGGGUUGAGCCAAAGCCUCGAAGAAACGAGUCCUCCGUCCAACCUUGCUUUGGCAGUAUCCUUGACCGAAUUCUCAUUAUUCUCUCCAAAUAUCCAAGGAUAUCGAUCUCGAAAAAUUUCUCCUACCAAAACAGUCCAUGGGCAGCAGGACCUGUCCAAAGGAUCCAAACAGAAAAAGAGAGAAAACAAUCUGUUUUUUCGACAAGGUCACGGCAACAACGCUUCAUACUUUGUACGACAACAACGGUCCGCCGACGAUAUAACGUGUCGAAAAGCCAUUGAUCUUUCGCGUGGGGAAUUCAUCGACAGCAGCAUUUUUCAUCUGUCCGAACGUGGGAAGAAAGUGCUCACGGUUGAGAAGAAAUCUGACAAAAUGAUCAUUCUCUCCGGGACAACAGCUAAAUUACUAAGCACGCUAACCGAUGAAUCCUUGCUGGACCUGGAAUAUACCGAUACUUUUAUCAUGACACAUCCGUUCUUUAUCCCGUCAUCCGAUUUACUGGAAAAGCUAAUAGACCGAUUUCGAUUGGAUCAGCUAUCAAGUGAAGAGGCGCAUCUUUUGCAGUGGAAGAACCACAUUCGCCUAAAAAUACUGAAUACAUUGUCUCAAUGGAUCAAACUACGGUAUCAGGAUUUUGGGCAGGAUGUCACACUGCUUUGCCAAGUUGAAUCUUUCCUUGAGCGUGAUGUGAGAAAAACGGAAUUUGCAGCAGAGUAUGUUACGCUGAGGCAUUUUCUUUCGUUCCAGAUGCAUCGAUAUCAUCAAGGUCGCUGCGCGGACCCGUCAAACCACUCCACCUAUUCAUCAAGCACAUUACCUUCCUUACCAGCGUCGCCAACUAGCACUAUGGCGUUCAAUGGUCAUCGCCGUCCUUCAGGAGCGUCCAGUUUGUUUUCUUUGAUCUCCAGCAUCAGCACACCUCCUGACUCGCCAGUGUCUUGGCAACCAUCGCAUUCCCUAAAUGGGAAUUUCCUGGCCACACAUGAUGCCAAAGACGUUGCAAAGUACCUUACGUUAGCCGAUUACCAUUGCUUCAAGAGCAUCACGGCAAAAGAAUAUCUCGAGGGUUCUUGGCGUACCGAGGGUCAUGAAACAGAGAACAGUCCUAUUGCACAAAUGACCGAUCGCGCCAACUUGUUGAGCCAUUGGGUCAUUCACGAAGUUUGUACGGUCAAAGUGCCCAAGCAGAGGCGCCUCGUGAUACGAAAGCUGAUAGAGAUAGCCAAGCACUGUUUUGAGUGGAGCAAUUUCCACACCAGCAUGGUACUGACCAUGGGGCUGGGGAGCGCUACGGUCCAAAAAUUGGAGGAGUGGAAAUCAUUGCCAAGCCGCGACAUGCAAGCGUUUGCUGGUCUUGAGAAGCAACUAAACGUGAGCAACAAUAUGGCGACGUAUCGACAUACGUUACGAAAAGCGAAAUCACCUACGAUUCCUUUCUUUCCACUUGUCAUUAAAGACCUGACAUUUUUGAUCGAGGGCAACCCGACGUAUCUUCCGGACGACAUGGUUAAUUUUGCAAAGUGCAGGUCACUUGCCAUGUUUGUCAAACAAUUGCUCCAUUAUACAAAGGAAAAUUACGGGUUUGCAAGUGACCUUGAAUACUUUGCAUUUUUCAAUGAAAGAGCACCGGUAUUCGCAGCUGCACCACUGGAUCCUGUAGCCGAGACAGUCGAACAAAAAAUCCAAGCCUUAAAAGGCUGCUAUCGUGAUCCUUAUUGUGACCUGAUGGGGAAAGCUAAUCUAUCGUCGUCUUAGCCGGUCACUCAUGGAUGAACAAAAAAAAACAUACAGUAAAUGAUGUUUGACUAUCCAAAUAUGAUCUUUCUUUUUGUAAAUUUUGUGAAUUUUUGAAGCCUGUGUCUACUUAUCUUGUUCUAGCCAUUUUUUUUUCCU